CAUGGUUUUUACCCUCGUGUCUGUAUCUCGUUCUCUACGUCACGUUCGCUCUCAUAGCAAAGACGCUACGAUAGGUGCGACGAGCCUCAAUAUAUUGGGACCCGACAAUGAGAGGAAGAUGGUUUAUAUCAACAGAUACAGCACCAAGGGGUUUACUAUCAAUGGAAUGAGAGUGUUUGGGUCUGUGGCUUUGUUGCCUCGUGCUAUACUGCAGUGGAAGAUAUCAGAUAGGAAAGAGUUGACACCGGAGGCGUUUAGUUUGUUUCAUUUAGUUGAGCCAAGAAUAGAAAUCCUCGUCCUCGGUCUUGGUGAUCGCAGUGAUAGACUCAAUCCAGAUGUCCACAACUUCCUACGAAGAAAAGGCAUCCCAGUAGAAAUCCAAAGUACACAACACGCUUGUGCCACCUUCAACUUCCUCAUGGAAGAAGGACGAAUAGCAGCAGCAGGUCUCAUCCCUCCGACCGUAUUACCAGACUGAACUUAUCUUUUGACUGACCUCUAUAGUAAUGUAUCUAAUGUAUUAUUUCUAUCUACACCCCAAUGUACAGUAAGUAUACGUCAUAUUGCUAAUCACGUGAGCCGGUCACGUGAUUAUACCACGUGACUAGCUGCGUGACUACCACCCGACUGGCUGCUAUGCUGUCAUGCUAGUUCAUAGUACUUAUGUGUUUUGGGGUCGUAGUAGCAAUUGAGGCAUGGGUCAUAUAAUACUUCGAGUUCUUCUUCACUGUCUGUGUUGUCAGCAUUGUCUGAUUCUGAUGUGUUUCCGUUGGCUUCUGGUUGGUCGUCUUCUAGUUGGUGUUCAUCGGAAGGUUGUUGUAAUGGAA